CUUCUCUCGAAAAAUGAGCGCUUGGAAUUUCGCUCUGGCGGAUACUGUUUGGUGAUAAAAAAAUUAACAGUAACUGUAUAUAUUAUAUAUUUAUGUGACUUAAAGGAAGUACUCGUUUAUUCCGUUGAUGAGUAAUGACGGAAGGGUUCCCUGCUAUUUAUGCCAGCAACAAGACCUGGGUUACUGUUGAUCUUGUUGAAACUAGUAUCAUUUUUAUUUUCGUCGUUCUUGCGGUAACUUAUUUGCUUAUUAUCCCGGGUUACACUAAAACGAAAAGUAUUUACACAAUUGUGAAAGCUAUUUUAAGUAUUUUAAUUGGCGGAAUAAUAAUGGUUGGUAAUUAUGGACAAGAAUGGGAGACUGGCCGAAUCGAGUCUAUGACACCGUAUCGCGCUGGUGAAUCGAGUAAAAUUUUCGCUCAAAUAGGAGUAAAAAUCGGAUUACGUUCAGUCAACAUCACAUUACAAGGACGUGGGGAAAAAGGAUCAGUACUUGAAAGAGAAGUAAUAAAUUAUAAUGAACGAUUUUUGUGGACUUGGGAUCAAGGUCGAAUUGGUUUUGGUCCUAAUGCUGGACUUCUUCAAAGAAGUCUCAGAGAAGCUCAAAGAAGAGGACUGCCGGUACCAAUUACUUGGAUCGUCGAUUAUCUGGUCAUCGACGGCGAAGGUUUGAGAUACGGAAGGUUUUACAGAACUGCUGGGUGGUACUGUCAUAUUGUUAUCUGGACAGCUUUUCCUGUUUGGAUUCUGGCGAAUAUAUUUUUACAAUCUGUUGCGCGAUACGCUGCGUAUUGUACUGGACUAGUUGGAGCUCUUAUGGUACUGAGCUGCAUCAUUUGGAUGUUUGUUCGCAAUCCGGGACCGCUGGUUAUUUUAUUUGAAAGCGGCGCGAUCACAACUUCAUAUGGUAGCACGUUCUGGUUGACAUUAAGUGGAGGGUUGCUAUGCUUUGUAUUGGCAUCCGUACUAAUUAUUCUAGACCUUAGGUGCCCGAAUUCUCUAUCAGCAUUUCUGGGGAUCGAUAUUUUAGAUCAGUACGAUGAAUAUUUUAUUCGAGAAGUUGAGUUAGAUGAUACAAGAGAAAAACAUAAUAAUUGUGAAUCGAUGGAGAUGGGAAAAAUGUCUGAGCAAUUAUCGAAAGAUCAUUCCGACGUGAUGCUCCUUCAACUAAAACGACGUUCCACUGCUGAACGUGUUCAAAAAUAUUUGCUGCGUGUCUCACCCAUGCCGAUUAAAAUUGAAAAUAUGUAUGACGAUACAGCUCAUGCAGUAUAUGCUAAUCACGACUCACUGACAGUACCUGGGCCAUCGAUUCAAAGAAUUGAAAACUUUAUUUCAAAACCACCGCUUCCAAGAAGAAAACGGAAGUAAUGUUUAAUUUUUUAUUGUAAAACAUUACGUUAUAUCAAACAUGUUGCACAUCAAUUAAAAAAAACGAUAUGAAUAAUUCAAUUUUCCGAUUCUAUUUUUUCUUUACUGUCACUGCGUGACGAGGAUUUAUCAUCAGAUCUCUCUUUAGACUCUUUGUCAGCUUUUUUAUCCCUGCUUGAUUUUUUUUCACUUCUCUCGCGAUCUUUAUCCCGAUCUCUGUCUUUGUCUUUGUCCCUGUCGCUGUCUUUUUUACCAUUACCGUCAAAUUUAUCUUUACUCCGUCUUUCUUUGUCCCUAUCUCUGUCCUUGUCCUUGUCCUUGUCUUUAUCCCGAGACUUUUCCGAGUACUUGGAUUUGGAGGACUUCGAUUUUGAUUUAGACCUCGACCGUCUUGACUUGGACUUGGAGCGUUUGCUGCGGGACCGCGAGCGACUUCGUCUGCGUGGGGAUGAUUUUUUCUUACGAUCUUUCGACCGCGAACGCGAGCGUCGAGACCGCGAUCUCCUGGACCGUGA